UGUCACAGCGCACUCGGGAAAUGGGACGCAGUUGUCGAGCACAUCAUCACGAGAGAGCCUAGCUGAACACACUAAGACCAACACUGCAAGACAGCCUAGCGCCACUACAGGCACAGGCGCGAGCCCUACAGACCCAGGACCAGGUAACACAACGGGCAAGAAGGAAGAUUUAAACGCUGGCACCAAAUCCACCAGCGACAAGAAAGUCUCGGGAGCUGGUACCGGUGUGAGUGUUGAGGGGCAAGGAGUGGCGGCGGUAGGAGAUAGACCGAACUCAGGCACACACAUACACACGGCCGCAGGUACGUCUUCAGAUACCGCAACGGAAACAAGGGUUAGCCUGAGUGUGCAGCGUGUUGCUGUGGGAGGGACGCGUGCAGGUUGUGGGACUGAGAUGCAGUCACAAGGAACAGGCACGAGUGUAUCGGAUUACGUAAGCGCACGGGGUGAUGCACCUCCGCAAAGUCUGCGCAAUAAGGUAUGCGUAGAAUCUGGUUCGACUCCGAUGGUCUUGACCUUUGCAUUUGAUGCCUCUGCACCGACCUCCAUCUUCGGCAGUAUAUUCCAAAAGGUAUG